CUGGCAGACAACCAUUCUGGUGCUCACAGUUGAAUCCUCAUGGCGAUGCUCGGGAUUUUGGUUGCUGCUACCGUUUUGCUAGAGGCCGUUUCUGCCACCUCCCUCGGGGUUGUCACAACCGAGGGAGGACAGGUGGAGGGGAAAAAUAUUCGCCUCGGGUACCAGCGCCACAUGGACGUUUUCAAAGGCAUUCCCUUCGCCGGCGUCCCGGGAAGGUUUGAGAAGCCGAAGCGUCACCCUGGCUGGGAUGGUAUUCUGAAGGCCACUGAGUACAAGGAUAGAUGCCUUCAGCUGACAAUUACCUUGAACGAUGUCUACGGCACUGAGGACUGUCUUUACCUGAAUAUCUGGGUUCCUCACAUCAAGUCAGUGGCCUCCAAUCUGCCCGUCAUGGUCUGGAUCUAUGGUGGAGGUUUCUUGGCUGGAGGCUCGAUGGGGGCUAACUUCCUCGAUAACUAUCUGUACAGCGGACAGGAAAUCGCAGACAGAGGAAACGUCAUUGUGGUGACACUGGGAUACCGUGUGGGAUCCCUGGGCUUCCUGAGCACUGGAGACUCUUCUUUACCUGGAAAUUAUGGUCUAUGGGACCAGCAGGCAGCCAUUGCAUGGGUUCACAGAAACAUUGCGUCAUUUGGAGGAGACCCCAACAAUGUCACCCUCUUUGGAGAGUCAGCUGGAGGAGCCAGUGUUAGUUUCCAGACCCUCACUCCUCACAACAAGGGGCUUUUCAAGAGAGCAAUCUCACAGAGUGGCGUCGCCCUCUGCCCUUGGGCUGUCAACAAAAACCCUCGCAGGUUUGCAGAGGAGGUCGCUCUGAAAGUCAACUGUCCUACUGAUCACAACAUGGCCACCUGUCUGAAGAUGACCGAUCCUAAGGCCCUGACCUUAGCAGGAACUCUCCAUAUGUCUGGAUCUCCUGACGCCCCUCUGGUGAACAACCUAGUUCUGUCUCCUGUGAUUGAUGGCGACUUCCUGCCAGAUGAACCUUCAAAUCUGUUCCACAACGCCGCUGACAUCGACUACAUGGCCGGAGUCAAUGACAUGGAUGGACACAUCUUCACAGGUUUUGAUGUCCCAUCAGUCAACUCUGCCCUGGUGGACACCCCUGUUGAUGAUGUGAAGAGGCUCUUGGGUUCCUUGACCAGGGACCAGGGAACCCUUGGUCUGGACAACGCCUUAUCCACGUACACUUUAGAUUGGGGUAGCAGACCCAGCAGGGAGACUGUCAAGAAAACUGUUGUGGACAUCGAAACAGACUACAUUUUCUUGAUUCCAACUCAAGCUGCUCUUUAUCUUCAUGCCGCCAACGCUGGAACGGGUCGCACCUAUUCCUACCUGUUCUCUGAGCCCAACCGCCUGGGAGGCCUCCUGGCACCCUUCCCCAGCUGGCUGGGAGCUGACCACGCUGAUGACCUGCAGUACGUCUUUGGAAAGCCCUUCUCCACCCCGCUAGGCUACUGGCCUCGCCAUCGUGAUGUCUCCGGAUACAUGAUUGCCUACUGGACCAACUUUGCCAAGACGGGAGAUCCUAACAGAGGAGAUCUGAGCGUGCCUACUUCCUGGCCAUUAUUCACAUCCAAUCGACACGAGUUCAUAGAGAUCAACUCCAAGACGGACGGCAGCUUUGUGAGAGAGAAGCUGAGGUUGCGCUUUGUGAAUUUCUGGACCAGCGUCCUGCCCAACCUCCCCAUCAUGUACUCAGAGUAAAGAAAAGUGAUGAAGCUGUGAAUCAGUGGUACCAGAUUGGUAAAAUAAAUGUAUGAAAGAAACAAAA